AAAUAAUUUUUAGAAAUUCACUAAAUUUUGAGUUAAGAUAAGAAAUAAAUUCAAUGAAAAAUAUACAGUUCGAUAGAGAAAUGAAUGUUGUAUCCAGCUAUUUAAAAAAGAAAAACGAGUCAUUUCUCCGGUGGGUCACAAAUGUAUUUAAGAAAAAUCCAUACACUACUAGGAGAAAAAGUUUUUAUUGACUGUCGAAACUUAGCUUUCAAAACUUACUAAUUUUUUGGAGGCAAGAUGGGAGAUAAAUCAGAUUAAAACUGUUGAGUUCGAUAGAAUAAUCAAUGCUGUAUCCAAGCAUAUAAAAAUAAAAAAUCUGGGUCGUUUUACUGAAAUACAGUAAACCGAAGAAAACGGUCAAAAAUAACGUAAUCAAGCUGUAGAAGUUUACAGUUCAGUUGAUAUUAACCAAUUUUAUGCUCUGGUUGAAAGAAAAACUUCAUUGAAUUUAUUUCAUGAUUAUACAGAGAAUUCUAGAGAUAGAAAUCAAACGAAUUAUCUGAGUUUAUUAAAAGAAUCUUAUUUAGUGUUCAUAAGAGAUUUCAUAUUGACUUUAAAUGAAAAAGAUGAACACAUUGUGGAAUCAGAUCAACCGACUUCAAUUAAUAUUAGAUUAAAUUAAAAAAUUCAAUGAAGAAAGUUUAAAACUAAUUCAUGAUUCGGAAAAAAAAAUAAAGAAUUCCUUCAUAAGAUAAUUCAAAGGUGAACAUUGGAACGAAAAAUUAAUAUUGAAUGAAAUUGUAUUAAACGAACAUAAAAUAACACAAUUAGCAAUCUCAAAAGAUGUUAAACUUGAAGAAUUGAAAUCAACAUGGUUGAACACAAAAGAUUUAGAUAAAUAUUCUAAAUAUGAAAAUGAUGUAACAGAUAUGAAAGAUUCAUAUAAGAAAAGUGCAACUUUAUUCGAAAUGAGCAAAAUAUAUAAAGAUAAGAAACCAAGUUUAAAACUUUAUUUGAAGAAAUCACUCGACUUUUUAAACAAAUCUAUUGCAAUUGAUGAAUUUAUUAUUAGUUCCAGCAGUUAUGAUUAUGAUAUGGAUGAAUCGUCAAUGGAUUAUUUCAAUAAAGUAAAAUAUGAUUUCAAUCAUUUUGAAAGAUUAACGAGCAAGGAAGAAAAUAUUGAAUUUAAUGAAAAUAAUUUUAUAAAUUUAUUUAACAGAGCAUUUUUAUUAAAUAAUGAUUUAUCAAUGAAUUUGUAUGAUGAAAUCUUGAAAAUAAAUCCGUAUUUCUUCGAAGCACAAUAUCAAAAAUUAUUGAAAUUCUAUGAAACGAACGGUUGUGCAAAAAUUUGUCAUUUACAUGAAAGCUGUCAAAUAAUCAGACAAUCAGAUAAGGCAAUAAUAAAUUUACUUGAAAUUUUAAUCGGUGAAGAAAACUAUGCCAACUUUAUUCAGACAAAAGGAGAACCUGGCACACGAGGUGGAGAUGAUGAUUUAGGAGGUGAUGCUGUUUUAGGUGGAUUUGUUGGACAUACCGGUAUUAUUCAUAUAGAAGAAAAACAAACUGUAAUUACUGAUACAUCUCUAGAAUAG